AUGGGCCUGCGCUGGCUGUGGAGGCAUCGGGUGAGCGCUUUACUGGCGGCGCUGCUGGUCUUCCUGCUCCUGACGCUUCUGGCCACACACUCCCUGCAGAACAACAGAGCUCACGAACUGAGACCUACAUCAGACAGAAGGAGCCAGAGAAAAGCUGCUGAGAAACACACCCCUCCAAUCCCACAUCAACCGGCCAAACACACACCGACGGCCAGAGCCGAGCGCCGCAGGAGAGCUCAGCCGCCCGUGGUCUUCCUGAAAACACACCGGACCGGCAGCAGCACCGUGCAGAACAUACUGUUUCGACUCGGGGAACAAGAGAGCGCCACUUUUGCCUUUCCGCACCGCACCUACCAGUUUAACUAUCCAGACAGAUUCAGAGCGGCAUUUGUGGACGAGCUCCCCGAGGGUUCGUCUCAGUUUGAUAUGCUGUGCAGCCACAUGCGUUUGGACCUGACACAGGUGAGGAAGGUGAUGCCCCAGAACACAGUCUUCAUCACGCUGUUGCGAGACCCGAUCGAGACCUUCGAGUCGGUCUUCAGGUACCACACCUCCAGCGUCCCGGCAUUCCUCAGCGCACACCGAGCCGCCGCCAGUGAAGGCAAACCCGCUCUCAAGGCGUUCCUGGACUCUCCGGAGACCUUCUGGGACCCAAAGGAACCUGGGAACGGACUAGCCAAGAACCCCAUGAGCUUCGACAUGGGGCUCAACAACCAAAAGUGGAACGGCUCCUGGCCGGAGGACCUUGCGCAACUAGAGGAGGCGUUCCACCUGGUGAUGAUCGCUGAGCAUUUCGACGAAUCCUUGGUUCUGUUAGGAGCUCUUCUGGGAUUGGAGCACGAGGACUUGGCUUACCUUCGGCUCAAUGCUCGUGCCAAGAACCACGUGACCAAGCUUGAUGAGAACAUGCGGGCGAAAGUGCGCUCGUGGAACGUCCUGGACACACUUCUCUACGACUACUUCUUGCAGGUGUUCUGGGAGAAGGCGGGUCAGUUCGGGUUGGACAGGUUGAAAGCCGAGGCGGAGAAACUCAGGGAAUCUACGGAGAGGAUUCGGCGGAGAUGCGUCGCCAGGGAGUCGGUUCCCCCGGCGGAGCUCGAGGAUCUGUUGCGUCCACGGCAGACGGAGUCGGUCACCAUCGUGGGGUUCGAGGUGCGGGGGAACCUCUCACUGCAGGAUCAGGGGUUCUGCGUGCGGAUGAUGCUGCCUGAGCUUCAGUAUCACUCGCACUUGUACUUCAAGCAGUACGGGAGAGAUAUGAGAGCCGCUCCGGCCGACUGAACCCUCAAAUGGUCUUAAUUUGGGUGCUUCAGAAGUGGACCAAGUCUAGUGGAGCUGAACCGAGAUGAACCAUCUGAAUACUAUUCCUGGAUAAAACGUCUACAUCAAGGACUUGCACAUGUUCAACUGAUGGAUGCACUAGGAUAAAAGACUUUUGGCAUUAGAGAUGCACUGAUUUAUAAAAAAUGUUGGCCGAUAUGAUAACCAAUAUAUUACCGAUAACCGAUAUAUUCAUAUCCAGGUAUGUUUGUUUAGUUUGCGCCAACCCUGGACUUUUUUAUGCAACAUGAAAGUGGUUUGGCUAAAAGCAGAGUUCACCGCCAUAGUCAACAGAGAAUGUUGAUCAUCAGUGUCAUGGUACCAACAACGCCUGGUUGGAUUGGUCAACUCGAAACUAACCCUGUAACUUUGAGUUUGUUCAACUAUCCUCAUGGUACGGGCCCCGGGUCUGGUGGAGGUGAACCAAGAUGGAAAGAUUGCACCAUCUGAACACCAGUCUUGGAAAAAAAUCUACAUUAAGGACUUGCACAAGUUCAACUUAUGGAUGCACUAGGAUAAAAGACUCUUGGCAUUAGAGAUGCACUGAUUUAUAAAAAAUGUUGACCGGUACCGAUAACCGAUAUAUUACCGAUAACCGAUGUAUUCAUAUCCAGGUAUGUUUUUUUAGUUUGCGCCAACCCUGGAUUUUUUUUAGGUAACAUGAAAGAGGUUUGGCUUUAAGCAGAGUUCACCGCCAUAGUCAACAGAGAAAGUUGAUCAUCGGUGUCAUGGUACCAGCAACGCCUGGUUGGAUUGGUCAACUCGAAACUAACCCAUGUAACCCUGAGUUUGUUCAACUAUCUUCAUGGUACGGGCCCCAGGUCUGGUGGAGGUGAACCAAGAUGGAAACACCAGAACACCAGUCCUGGAUAAAACAUCUACAUUAUGGACUUGCACAAGUUCAACUGAUGGAUGCACUGGGAUAAGAGACUCUUGGUAUUAGGAAUGCACCGAUAUGAACAUUUUGGCCGAUAACCGAUAAUUCUUUACAAGCCGAUUUUGGGCCGAUAUACUUAUGUAAUUUUUGAGAGCUUGAUUACAAAAAGUCUCAUCAUUAAAAGCCAUGUCUCAAAAACACAAAUAUAAUGUUCU